AAAUUACUUUCCUGUCAAAAAAAAAAAAAAAACGGAACAAACGAACGAAUCCUCCCUCUUAAAAUUAGGUCAUAUUUUCAUCACUGGAGAUUUCUCUCCCUCUUUUUUUUCAGAUCUGAUUUCCCUCCUUCAUUUCUUCUUUUCUUCUUCUGAUCUCUCCGAGCUGUGCACCUAAGAGAAGAGGAAGUGAACCAAAAUGUUUAGAUUCGAACAGGAGAAGAUCAGGAAACGAAUUUGAUUUCCGUUUCCUUCCAGGAAUUCACAUCUAAGUGACGUUGAUUCUCAGGGUUUUGUUGUUUCUCCGGACAUGGCUGACGCGCUUUCCGUGGUUCCGUUCUCCGUUCUUCGUAAUCUCUCCGACAAGCUUUAUGAGAAGCGCAAGAAUGCUGCUCUCGAGGUUGAAGGUAUAGUGAAGCAGCUGGCGGCUGCUGGGGAUCAUGACAAGAUAUCUGCAGUGAUCAAUUUGUUGACGACGGAUUUCACCUACUCGCCUCAAGCCAACCACCGCAAGGGUGGAUUGAUAGGACUAGCUGCUGCAACUGUAGGGUUGACUACAGAAGCAGCCCAACAUCUUGAGCAAAUCGUGCCGCCUGUGCUUAAUUCUUUUUCUGACCAAGAUAGCAGAGUUCGUUAUUAUGCUUGUGAAGCCUUAUAUAAUAUCGCAAAGGUGGUGAGAGGAGAUUUUAUUGUAUUCUUUAACCAAAUUUUUGAUGCCUUGUGUAAACUCUCGGCAGACUCAGAUGCCAAUGUACAAAGUGCUGCUCAUCUUUUGGAUCGGCUUGUAAAGGACAUUGUUACUGAAAGUGAUCAAUUCAGCAUUGAAGAAUUUAUACCGUUGUUGAGAGAACGUAUGAAUGUCCUUAACCCCUAUGUCCGCCAAUUUUUGGUUGGAUGGAUCACUGUGUUGGACAGUGUUCCAGAUAUAGAUAUGCUGGGUUUUCUUCCUGAUUUUCUUGAUGGUCUAUUUAAUAUGUUGAGUGAUUCUAGCCAUGAAAUCAGACAACAAGCUGAUUCUGCCCUUUCAGAGUUUCUCCAAGAGAUCAAGAAUUCCCCAUCUGUAGAUUAUGGUCGUAUGGCUGAGAUAUUGGUGCAAAGGGCAGCUUCUCCAGAUGAAUUUACUCGGUUAACAGCUAUCACAUGGAUAAAUGAAUUUGUAAAACUUGGUGGAGACCAACUAAUUCCUUACUAUGCUGAUAUACUGGGAGCCAUUCUGCCCUGUAUAUCAGACAAAGAAGAGAAAAUUAGAGUGGUUGCUCGCGAAACCAAUGAGGAGCUUCGUGCAAUCAAGGCUGAUCCUGCUGAAGGAUUUGAUGUUGGAGCAAUACUCUCCAUUGCAAGAAGUCAAUUAUCUAGUGAGUGGGAGGCCACUCGGAUUGAAGCGUUGCACUGGAUAUCAACACUUUUAAACAGGCAUCGAUCUGAGGUAUUACAGUUUCUGAAUGAUGUAUUUGAUACCCUUCUCAAAGCACUUUCAGAUCCUUCAGAUGAGGUGGUCCUCCUUGUUCUUGAGGUUCAUGCAUGCAUAGCAAAAGAUCCACAACAUUUCCGUCAACUUGUUGUUUUCUUGGUGCAUAAUUUUCGUGUUGACAAUUCUCUUCUGGAGAAGCGUGGUGCUUUGAUAAUCCGAAGACUCUGUGUACUUUUAGAUGCUGAAAGGGUCUAUCGGGAACUCUCCACAAUACUGGAGGGUGAAGCUGAUCUGGAUUUUGCAUCAAUUAUGGUUCAGGCUUUGAAUUUGAUCUUACUAACUUCCUCUGAACUAGCUGAGCUUCGGGGUCUUUUAAAACAAUCACUAGUAAAUCUGGCUGGAAAAGAUUUAUUUGUUUCUUUAUACGCUUCGUGGUGCCAUUCACCUAUGGCAAUUAUAAGCCUUUGCCUAUUAGCACAGACAUACCAGCAUGCAAGUGUGGUGAUUCAGUCACUGGUAGAGGAAGAUAUCAAUGUCAAAUUCUUGGUCCAACUGGAUAAAUUGAUUCGCUUGCUAGAAACUCCAAUCUUUGCUUACCUUAGAUUGCAGCUUCUUGAACCAGGAAGAUACAUGUGGUUGUUAAAAGCUUUGAAUGGUCUCUUGAUGUUACUACCCCAGCAAAGUGCUGCUUUUAAGAUAUUACGGACUCGUUUAAAAACUGUCCCUUCAUAUUCCUUCAAUGGUGAGCAAAUUAAGCGAACAUCUUCAGGCAACCCCUACUCCCAAAUUCUACAUCACAUUCCUAGUGGAUCACAAAUAUCUGAGGAUGGUGAUGUAAACCAGGAGGUUGGGAAUUCUUGUUUGCAUAAUGGAAUUAAUUUUGGUUCAAGGCUUCAACAGUUUGAGCAAAUGCAGUCUCAGCAUCGCAUGCAUGCCAAGUCGCAGGCACAGUCACGUAACAAUUCUACUUCGCUGAAGGAAGCACAAAGACCAGAAGACCCCCUACAGCAGACUCCUGCAGCAGAGAUGGAUAGGCCUCCUUCAAGAUCAUCUAGGAGAGGCCCAGGGCAGCUACAACUUUGAACAUGGUGUUUCCUGCCUUUGUUUUGGAGCCAAUUGUACACUCAUCUGAGCAUGAAGGGAAAUUCUCAAGAUCUGGUAUAACUUGUAAAAUUGUAUAUCGUAGUUUGUCCUAUUAUUACAUUUGUAGAGUUUGUGAAUGGUAAAAAAAAAAAAAAGAGGGUUUUGAACUAAGAUAAGCUUGGGCUUUCCUAAGCUAUUAUUUUUCUUUGUAAACAGAGUAUGCCCAUGUGGUUCUGUUAUUUUUUUAUUGAAAACCAUAUGGGCUAAGAGCAAAAAUAUUUUAGAGAAUAUGCAGUUUGUUUUGUCUAGUCCGCAGAUGUUACGGGACGGUGACCUGAUAAAAUAAGGAAUCAACUAAUUCAUUUACACCAA